CAAAAUGGAGAAUGAAGAACUUGAGUUAGGUCUUGAUUCAGAGAGUGAUGGAACAUCCCGACAAGGCAAUGUUAGAAAAGACAUCUCGCUCAAGUUGAAAUCAGGACGAGGGAGGGGGAGAGGUAGAAAGGCAGGAAGGGGGAGGGGCAGAGGUCGUAAAGCUGCUCAUGUUGUGGAAAAAGAAGAAUCAAUGGAUGAUGAACCAGAAAGACCAUCAAUGGCAGUACAAGAAAGAAGAGGUUCUGGUGUGUCUGAAGAUGAGGUUCCUGAACCACCGCCACCAUUGAACCCACCAUCUGAGCCUAUACAUCAUGGAAGCAAACUACAAUGGGAUCAUAAGGUGAAUCUAAUAGGAGAAAAAGUGGUAGAUCCUCUUAUACAUUGCUGUGAAUACUGUCAACUACCUAUACUUAUAUAUGGAAGAAUGAUCCCUUGCAAACAUGUGUUUUGCUUUGAUUGUGCUAAACAGACUGAGAAAAAUUGUCGAAGAUGCAAUGACCCUGUACAACGCAUUGAGCAGUCAGCCCUUGGCACUGUGUUCAUUUGCACGCAUGGGGGCUCAAAGCAUGGGUCCUCUGGGUGCAGGCGAACUUACCUCUCCCACAGGGAUCUCCAGGCCCACUACGCUCACAGGCAUGGAGAGGAGGUAGGCAAACCUUCCAGUCAGCUUGCCAGUAAACCAAUGUUUCAUUUGCCGCAUGCCCAGCCUCAGCAACAACAACAGGUGCAUCAGCAGCCUCAUCAACAGCAGCAACAACAGCAACAGGCACAUCUUGCACCUGCCCCCAGACGCCAGGAUCCUUUAUCAGGGUAUCUUAACCACACUCAGAGCCUGCCCCCAACCCAGGCACCACCCCCAGGACAUAUGCAUCAACAGGCUCCUGGGGGUCAUGUGCAGCAUGUGCAGGCCCCUCAACAGCAUGUUCCAUCCCAACAGCAACAUGUUGCACCCCCACCCCAACAAAUGCUCCCCCAGCAGCCGCACAGUGGAAAUCAUGCCCCUGUUGCCAGCAGGGGACCUCCGGGGAGUAACCCUGACUACCACUCAAUAUCAACCAUACCUGUCAUGGCCAGUGGAUCACGAAGCAACUUGAUAUCUAUCCAGAUUCAAGAUGGAGGCAAACGUCAACAAGAGUAUCCUAAAGGGCCAAUACCAGGUGGCCCAGGGGCAAGCUAUGCUCAGACAGGCACCCACUACCCCCCAAGUACAUAUAGUGGUGGAACAUACCAGAACUCCGCACCCCAGGGACGAACUGGGGGAUCAUCAGCCAGAUUCCCAGGCCAAUAUGAAAGUAGUAGACCUAUGAGUCCACACUUUGCCUCAGCUAGCUCAAGAGGCCCUUGGCAAGAUAGCCAACCAAGGGGUCCUCCCCCUUCUGGUCCCAGACCUGGGGCAGCUGGGAUGGGACCACCUCCCUCAAGAGGACCUUCUGAUAGAUACCCAAGUUAUUAGGACCAAUAAUCUGAUACUAUAGUGACUAAUAUGAACAAUUUCAAACACAAGAGGAGGAUUUAUGCUAGACACUUAAUACAACCCAAUAUGAGAGGAUGAAGCUAUUUUUUUAUAUGGCCUUUGGACAAAGAUAUGUAAAUCUAAAUGUUAAAACAAUUUAAC